AUGUCUUCUUCCAGAUCCAAGAAGUCGUCUAAGAAAGGCCAGGAGAGCACGCGAGAACACAACUACGAAGAGCAGUACGCAUCACCGGCGGGAACGGACAGCUAUUAUGCUUCCUCGUCGACGACGGCACCAACGACUGCGGACCCGGGAACGCCCAAGCAGACGGUGCUCAAAUCCAAGUCCAUCAAGAGUGAGGGCGAGAUCACGCUCCAGGGACCCAUCGAGGUUGCUGGGUCGGUGAGGUCGGGGGGUAACAUCACGUUCAAUGGAGACUUUGACGUCCGGGAUAAAGUGGAGGCAUAUGGGGGGAUUGAAGUCAAUGGAAACCUGUCCUGCGAGGGCAAGAUGAAGGCGUAUGGCAACAUCAAUGUGGCGGGAUACAUGUCUGUCGGUGACAAGAUCAAAGGCUUCGGAAAGUUGAGAGUUACCGGUACAUGCGAGGCCAAGGAGCUCGAGGUGUAUGGGAACACGACGAUCAAUGGCUUUCUAAAAUGCAAAAAGAUGACGUUGUAUGGCACGCUGACCAUCAUUGGCGAGAACUCUGGGUUUCAAGCUGAGGAGGAGGAAAAGAUUUGGGGUGCGAUUAUCAGCCGCGAGGAGGAAGCGCGCUGGUGA